AUGAAGCACUAUCCAAAGCCUGGCUUUCGCUAUCUCUUAAUCGUCUCUUUGAUCUUGGGGAUAUGGUUCAUCGUGCUAUUUCAUGAGCAUGAGUACGUUCCAUUGAUCAUUCGCGAUGGUUUCGCUACGCAGCGUCGACUGCCUUUCGAGGAUCCUAACAAGGGCGGCGGACAACCUGUGACGGAGCGUUUAGAUCUAUCCGAAACUGAAUGCAGAGCAAGCUUCCCGGAGCUAUUCAAAGAAAUUAAAUACGCUGCAAAUAGCGGAAAGGUCAUGUUGACAAAAGACGACGGCGACUACCAAGGCCUCGUACAAGGCUGGAUCAAGGAUAACCGCCUCUACAUCCUUACCACCGCGCCUGACAAGACCUCCCAAAUCCUCCACCAACGCACCGCCAUCCUCUCCCAGCUGCACCGCGCGCUCCUCACCUCGCCCGCUCGGCUACCAAACACGCCCUUCGCCUUUGUCGUAAACGACAGCCCAAGAAACCACUCUUGGGCCUUCUCCCGACCCAACAAGCAAAGUGACUACAAUCUCUUCGUCAUGCCCUCCUUUGCCUUCUGGUCCUGGCCCAGUCCCACCCUCGGCGCCUUCGACGCCACCGUCUCGCGCAUUGCCUCGCUCGAAGAAACCACUCCCUUCGACAGAAAAAUUGACAAAGUAGCCUGGCGCGGUACCCCGUGGUUCAAUCCCCUCGGACACCCGACGCUGCGCCAAGAUCUACUGAAAGCGACGCGGCACAGGGAGUGGGCGGAUGUCGCAGCGCUGAACACGAGUACCGACAACGCGCUGGCCAUCGAAGACUUCUGCAGGUACAAGUACGUUAUGUACACCGAGGGCGUGACGUAUAGUGGCAGGCUGCCCUAUCACCAGGCGUGCGAGAGCGUGCUAAUCACCUCGCCGUUGACGUACUUGACGCAUACUGCCUGGUUGAUGAAGCCGAUCGUGGCGGAAGAUUUGAUUGCAGCUUUUGCGAAAGGCGGUGGGGAGGGACACAGUAAUGGGCGACAUGAAGCGCCAUUGCCGCUUCUGCAGACUGUGAGGGACUGGCGGGCCGCCAACGCGAUCUAUGUCUCAUCGAAGUUCGAGGACCUUGAAGAGGUUAUCAUGCUCCUGCGAGCGCACCCAGAGGUCGCGCAGCGUAUCGCGCGGAACCAGCGAGAGACGGUUGUAGAGAGAGGUUAUCUCAGUGCCGCGGCGGAAGUGUGUUACUGGCGUGCCCUGAUUAAGACAUGGGCGGUAAGCGUAGUCAAGGGCGAUGAGUGGGAGAAAGACAUAGGGGAGAGAUAUGAGACGUGGCUGCUGAAGCAGGUGGCCAGUACGAGCGAAAGAUCGCGCAGAAAGUCUGCGGGUUGA